CUGGGGAUGAUUUCUUUACCAAGCACAUAGACGACCUCAGUAGCCUUUUUGAAUGGGUAGGAAAGGCUUAAAUCCAGCCUAUAAAGGUGUCAGUUAGGACCAACAUUUGUUUCAAUCCUCUACAUGUGCACAUAUGGGAGAAGUCUAUUUCUCAGUGUUCUCCAGGGUAUGUGCUCUCCUCCACACAGGUUCUAAUGAAGGAGGUGGUUUGUCUUGCCCAGGUUGUUGUAGCCAUAGACCUUGUAAGCUUUGCAGACCUGUGGAAUGGCUGCCACUAUUAGUCCCGGGCAAACUCAAGAGGCCAUUUCCAAUAUAGCAUCUCUUCCUAUAUAGAAAGACUCAAGAAACGUUUUUAUAGUCUUCCACUGUCCCUUGAGGGAAGACUAGUUUGUUUUUAACUUCCACCAAUAUCUCUUUUAAUUUUCCCUUGUCCGGAAGCCCUUUUAUCUUCCUGAGAAGUAUAGACUGGUAGAAUGGUUCCUCAAGAACUGGAAAUAGGGUCUGAAUCUUAGAGGGCUGUACAGCUGCCCUUUCUGCCUCCCUAUCAGCCUUUUUUUUACCAAGGAGACUUCAAACAUGUCUCUUUAGUGCCCUUCAUAGAGUUCCAAAGUUCAGACAGUUCAGCUCUCAUUAUACCACCCCUCCUACUCAAACAUCUUCAGGCUUCUAACUGGAAAACAAUUAGAAAACAAACAAAAUACAGCUAUUUCAUUGGAUUGUGAAGGUCUACAGUCUCACUAUUCCAGAAAGGAAAAUGACUUUCACCUUGUUGGCCUCAUUCUUCUCCACAGAAGACUUUGAGAAAUGAUAUUCUCUUUUUCAGCUGAGGAACUAAGGCUCAGAAAGUGAAGUGUCUUCCCCAAGAGCCCACUGCUACGAACCACAGAGCCCAGUCCUCACAUAACACUAGAAACACAGGGACUGAUGGAUUUCUGCCUCCGCACUCCAGCACACUUCCCACUCACUAGCACGUCCUGGGAAUGGGAGCACUCUUCUCAGGCUGCUUCACUAAGAAGUCUACCUUUGCUACAUCUGACUUAGAAUAAGCCCAUCUCAUCCUUCUUCAGCAGGCCAGGUGUGCUGACUUCUCUCUCUCCAUUGGAUUCUAGGAUAUGUCAGGUUAGAAGCACUGUUUAUUUUAUGGUGGUUGUAUCCUGAUGGCUCCUCUAAGGUAGAUGCUCACUCAGUUCAUAGGUUGAAGAUGUGAAUACACUUUUAAGGGAACUUCAAUCCUGGAGUGUAUUGAAUUUGACUUGAUUGAGAGAAGGGAAAUAAUUCAGAAAUACAUCCCUCAGAGCCAAGGUGCAGCCACUGCUCACACACACCCAGAAUCCCUUCAUGAUAAGUCCUUUUGGUAUACUUACCCUGCAUCCCUGGACAUGUACACCGGUGCAUAUUCAACUGAGACUAUCUUACUGUUUUUUAGUAUGUGAAGAAAUAUGGUAACCUUAUUGGUAUGGACUUUGCCGGCAUCCCUGUAGUACUCGUAACUGGACUGCCCUUAAUCAGAGAAGUCCUUACCCACACGGGCCAGAACUUUAUGAACCGCCCUGUGAGCCCUAUUCGAGAACGUGCAUUUGGUAAAAAUGGACUGAUCAUGUCCAGUGGCCAAAUAUGGAAGGAACAAAGAAGGUUCACCCUAACCACACUAAAGAACUUUGGUUUAGGAAAGAAGAGCUUAGAGGAACGCAUCCAGGAGGAAGCCCACCACCUUGCUGAGGUCAUAGCAGAGGAGAAUGGACAGCCUUUCAACCCUCACUUCAAGAUCAACAAUGCAGUUUCCAAUAUAAUUUGCUCUAUCAUCUUUGGGGAGCGCUUUGACUACGAAGACGGUCAGUUUCAGGAGCUGCUGAGCUUAUUGGAUGAGGUUGCUCAUUUGGAAGCAUCUCCUGUGUGCCAAAUCUACACUAUCUUUCCGGGGACAAUGAAGUUCCUUCCUGGACCUCAUCAAACUCUCUUCAGAGACUGGGACAAACUGAAAGCAUUUGUUUCUCACAUGAUUGAAAGUCACAGGAGAGACUGGAAUCCUGAUGUGAUGAGAGAUUUUAUUGAUGCAUACCUCAAAGAAAUGGCACAGCACCCAGACAAGACCACCUCAAGUUUUGAUGAAGAAAACCUCAUCUGCAGCACCCUGGACCUCUUUUUCGCUGGGACCGAAACGACAUCCACGACACUGCGCUGGGGUCUGCUGUACAUGGUCCUCUAUCCGGAAGUCCAAGAAAAAGUACAUGCUGAGAUUGACAGAGUUAUUGGUCAGGGGCAGCAGCCAAGCUUGGCCAACAGAGAGUCCAUGCCCUAUACCAAUGCUGUCAUCCAUGAGGUGCUGAGAAUGGGCAACAUCAUUCCUCUGAAUGCUCCCAGGGAAAUGGCUGUUGAUACCUCUUUUGGGGGAUACCACCUGCCAAAGGGGACCAUAGUUCUGACCAAUUUGACUGCACUGCACAGGGACCCCACGGAGUGGGCCUCUCCAGAUACAUUCAACCCAGAGCAUUUUCUGGAGAAUGGACAGUUUAAGAAAAGAGAAUCCUUUCUACCUUUCUCAGUGGGAAAACGUGUGUGCCUUGGAGAACAGUUGGCUAGGUCUGAGCUAUUCAUUUUCUUCACUUCGCUUCUGCAGAAGUUCACCUUCAAGCCCCCAAAGGACAAGAAACUGAGCCUGAAGGUUAGGAUGGGCAUUACACUUUCCCCACAGAGCUUCUGCAUCCAUGCUAUCCCCAGGAUAUGAUGGUGGAGAAGGAAAGUGAAAGGAAAGAAGAAAUGGCCUGUCUCUGAGACCUCUGGUGCCUAUACAGAUGUGAGGGGACAGAAGGAAGGUGGGGAGGAAAGAUGAGUGCGAUUAGACUAAGAGGAAAUUUAUCACAAUCCUAGCUCUGCUAUUUCCCUCGGAAUUAGUCCAGAGCAAAUCAUUUAUGUACUCAGUGAUUUGUAUUUUCAUACUGGAGAUGGAGAGGGAAUGAAGAUUCCUUCUCUGAAUACAGUUCUUUGUAAGGAUCAAAGGAAACAAUGGACUUUAAGUGAUUUGUAACCAAUAAACACAUGAUGAAAUUAUAGUUA